CAUCAUUCAACCUUCCAUCUAUUCUUGGGGGAACGCGUCCUUCUCUUCACAACCUCUUUUCGCAUUGAAUCAAUUGAUUCGGCGUCGCGUAAAAGAGGAGAUACCGCUGAUUAUCAUGUCAGUUCUCUUGGAGACCAGCGAAGGUGACAUUGUCAUCGAUCUUCUGGUCGACCAUGCACCCAAACUUUGCGAAAACUUUCUGAAGCUCUGCAAGGUCAAGUAUUACAACUUCUCACCUGUUCACUCUGUCCAGAAGAACUUCUCCUUCCAAACCGGCGAUCCUCUCGGCCCUCUGUCCAAAGAUUCCGAUGGCGGCUCUUCAAUAUGGGGUCACGUAUCCGGCGACCCAGCGAAACGAACAUUCCCAGCCUUUUUCCACCCCAAGUUGAAACACUUGGAGCGAGGAACAGUCAGCAUGGCUACAGCCCCCCUCCAGUCCGAUCCUGAUACACGAGUGGCUGGAUCUCAGUUUAUUGUCACAUUGGGCGAAGACACGGACUACUUGGACGGAAAGGCAGCGAUCUUUGGAAAGGUCGUCGAAGGCUUUGAAGUACUGGACAAGAUCAAUGAAGCGAUUGUGGACGAGAAGGGCUACCCGCUUAUCGACAUUCGAAUCAAGCAUACGGUUAUUCUGGACGAUCCCUACCCUGACCCGCCUGGCUUGAGAGAACCGAGCUCAAGUCCCCCUCCGACCGCCCAGCAGUUGAAGACUGUUCGAAUCGAAGACGAGGCAGCAUUGCACGCAGAUGACAAUGUCGAUGAGGAAGAGUUGGAAAGGAGGCGUCGCAAUCGCGAGGCACAGGCGCAAGCUCUCACUCUGGAAAUGAUGGGAGAUUUGCCGUUUGCAGAGGUCAAGCCUCCUGAGAACGUUUUGUUCGUUUGCAAACUGAACCCCGUGACUGGCGACGAAGAUUUGGAGCUCAUCUUUGGCCGUUUCGGCAAGAUUUUGAGUUGUGAAGUUAUCAGAGACCAAAAGACUGGCGACAGUUUACAAUAUGCAUUCAUCGAAUUCGAGGACAAGGCGUCAUGUGAGGCAGCCUACUUCAAGAUGCAAGAUGUUCUCAUCGACGAUCGACGCAUUCAUGUGGACUUCUCUCAGAGUGUCAGCAAACUGAGCGAUGUGUGGCGAAAGGAUACGAACAGCAAGCGAAGGGCGACUGCUCACCGAGGCGGAUGGGGAGGUGUCGAUGAGCUCGAGAAGCGCCGACAAUACCGAGAUGAGGGAGAAAGGAUUACGGGUGGUAAUUACAGAAUGGUCUACGGGGAAGAGGAAAUGAAAGGCAGACUGGGGCGCGGUGGACAGAAACAGGAGAAGGAUGAUGCGCCUCCUCCAAGAUCUCAGGAUGAUGAAGGACCAUCACAUCGACGAAGUCGGAGUCGGAGUCCGCGGCCAAGAGAUCGAAGUCGGGAUCGAUAUCGCAAACCACGAGAUGACCGUCAAGGCGACCGGCGCGAUAGAGAUCAUGAUAGAAACCGAUAUCGGGACCGUGGCCACGAUCGUCGAGACCGAGGUAAAGAAAGGGAUCGAUUUGGACGGGACGAUUAUGAUCGCAGGCCAAGGAGAUAAGGAAGGACUGGUGGAUUGCGAAACGCAAUACAGCAGUGCAACCCUCACAAGCACUGGCGUACUGAGGCGCAAUACCAUUGACGGCAAGCGCUUAGCGUUACUCUGCUAUGCAACAGCUUCAGCUAAUUUUAAUACGGAAUGCAUCGUACGGCAUUACACGAAAAUGGAAUAUCCCCAUAACACGAGUUUGACAGCUACUUUGAGGGAGAACCUCGUCGCUGAAUUUAAUGCUUUCGUGAUAUGCAAACACCAACUUCCUCUCAUCUCACAUACGGUCCUUCACCGGAAUUUCUUCUCCAAGCAACGGAAGACAAUGUGGACUGCUUAGUUGAACACACACUGAACACCGUCUACGCAUGAGCGAUGUUAUUCUGACCGAAAUGUACCGAUGACUGUGGGUCGGCGGGGAGGAUCUGUCUCCCGCUGUUGAGCGACCACGGCGUCGCUCUGGAUGAGAUCUCCGGGCCUACCCCAUCUCUUUUUGCCAUGGCAUCGCUUGCCGGCGAUAUCCCUACGCUUCUACCAACACUUUUGAUGUUGUCAUACCUGACAGGUCUCUUUUGGACGUUCAGCAGAUCACAACGCCCAGCAAGGGGAAUCCACUCUCGUCAAAGCAUCCAGACAUUAUAGACCACCACGCCACAACAUGUUUGGCUUUACAUCCAAAUACUCUAUUUUGUACGAGCUUGCUGGCUGUCUGUCAUUCAGUCGAACACUCCAGAACCUGUCGCUGCUUCUCUACCUAUGGAUCAAAAAUCCGUCAUUCUCGGCUAUGCUUGCUUCUCCUGUGCCUUCUAGAGACACGGGAGGGCACAACUUCCAGCUCAUCAAUGCAAGGCACAAGGGGGUGAGACCGCCAUGCUCUCACCACAUCGAAGACUCUGUAACACCUCAAGUAAGGCUUGUUACGGCCGAGCUUGGGCUUAUUCGAUAAGCGUCAAGCCCUAAACCCUGUCACCUGAGCUGUCUUUACCAACGAAGAUUCCUUGAAUAGGCUCUGGGCUGAGAGAUGCGGCUGCUGCCCAGGGUACCCAGAUGGAUCAACACGGUUGUCUCAGAUCGUCAAUGAGCUCGGUACUGGUAACAAUGACUGGGGACGACUGGCUGUACUACGCUGAGGUACUCCGAUAUCUCUCAACAACACGAGCUACGGGUUUCGAGGACCGAUGGCCGAAGCAGAAGCAAUGUUGCCUGGCAAUUGCUUCAUUGCAGCUUAGGUCAUACAUAGCUCGGGGACUCAUCCGUCAACAAGACGGCAAAAUGGUAAGCUCUAAUCGGUCAGUGUUGUGGACUUUGGUACAUGUAGUGACGCCGACACGCCAUGUACAAGCAUGAAAUUAUUCAGGCAAAACUUGUCGAGAUGUGCAACUGCGAGACGCCAAAGCCCCGUCCGCCGGGUUUAGCGGCCAUGGGGCGGGCUUGACUGCGAUUUCAGUCUCCAACGGGAGCCGACAUGGAAUCAAUAUAGGCCCAGUGGCCUUGUGAUGUUUCUGCUAAGGAAGCAGUUUCAGAUUGUUCUCUGCAUGUGAUCCAACCUCCGGAUCUUCAUAUCGAGCUUCCCCGCGACUGUUUUGCGGAUCGCUACAGAUCAUUAUUACAGCCAAGGGUAUAGAAUUCCAGUUGAACGGUGUUUUGGUCAGCCAUCAAGCAGUCUAUCCUCGUCCUUUAGUGGGCCACGAGAGACUUCUAGGUGAACCCCUUGGCUGAGUGACCAAUAGUAUGUGUUGGUGGAAGUACAGCGCGGGUAGACGCAGCUUCAUGCGUCACACCCUUAAAUGACAGUUGGGUGAACAGCAUCUUCGUCGGGUUAUUGCUGAAAGAAAUUUCCGCCCUGGAUGCUGCGCCUGCUCUAUUAUCACGGACCGUCUUCUCUUUUGAGAACUGACGCUGUUUUCUCACAGAUUGUGGGGCAGCCGUAGAGGAGAGAGGAAAGAAGCGAGUCUGCUUAUCUCGCUGUACCGUGUAUGCAGUCUGGGGCAUGAUUGAGUCUCGAUACGAUAGACGGUUGUUUAUUGACUUGAGAAGACUUGCCCCAGAACCAAUUGAAACCGCCUUGACUCAAAAGAACGGCUGUUUGAUCCAGAUAUGAAAUGAAGUGAAGACAUCGAACGAUGUCUAUGUUACCGCGUCAAGUUUGAGAUUCUUCGU